CCAUGAACUCAGAGACCAAGAAUGGGACAACUGCAGUGCCGAGUAUUCUUAAUCUGCUCCUGACCACCGCAGAGACAUUUCAGAGGACUGAUGCGUCAGUUGAAAAGGGAGACCCUCUGCCAACCAUCAUAGCCUUGAUAUGCAUAUUCCUUCUCUUGGCGACAUGCGUGAGCUUUGUAGCUUUGUGUAAUCCUGCGGGUCUGGAUGCUUCCCGCUACGGCCCCUAUGAGUGUAUGCCAUAUCACAUCGAGGACUCCAGCGAGCCCCGGUUAAAACUGUGGAAGCGUUUGGACUCCCUGAGGCGGUCGAUAAACAGCUUCAGGUGGAAUCGAUCCCUCCCUCAGCCUCCUCAGGCUUUUACAAGUCAUCGCCAGACGGAGCAGAAUGAUUCAGAACUCACAGAGUCGACAAAAAUGUAAAUAUCCAGUGAGUGUAAAGUUUGCACGUAGACUUGCUUAGUACAGAGAAGCCAGUGAGCAGAAGUAAUAAAAGAUUAACUACUGCUGCAAUCAAUACUCCAGGGACCAACAAAGGCAAAAUUCAAAAAUGAGGAUUCAAAGAGCAUACUUCAGAAUGCUGAACAGACUGCAAUUUGAGCAGCGGCCAAUAUUAACAAGAAAAACACAGUGAGCUUCGAUGACUGAGUCCGUGGUUAACCUUUAGGCUAGAAGACAAUAGUAAGCUAAAGGACACUGCUUGGAAGUUAUUAGCUAUCAAAUGUUCCCUGUCUCACUUCAAUAUUGAACCAUAAUCUCAUUACAAGUGGUAGUUACCAUUAGUAUCACUCCCCUCCCCCAUUCUGCUCAUUGGCCAUACAGACUGACAGCACAUGUUGCCCAAUAUCAGUUUCAUAUUCAAUCCCUGAGGGGUUAGAUUUGGGACUGCAACCAAGCACAACAGCUUCUGAGGGCGGUUGAAUUGCAAGAUAGCAAUGCAGACUGGACUGAAGCCCUUGUUGAUUCAAUCUGAAAAACUCGAGUCAGUUUAGUAACAUCCUCCAAAACAAAAAUGAUAAAUUAUUGCAAAUGUGAGUCAGGAAUUUCAAGCUUCCUGCAUCCAACUGGAAAUUAAGCAGGGACCUAGCUUCACAUUAAAGGGAGCUAGCUGCCAUAUUUCUCAUACAAUAAAAUGCUGUUGACAAACCAUUUUGUAAAUAAAGCUGGCAAUGA